AUGGAUCUCUUCCGUCGCCUUCAUCAGAACUCGUAUCCGCCCCGGCUGUCACCCCUAAGCGGCUCCCAAGAACCGCGCGAUGAUCGUGCUCGCCAGCCGAGCGGUCUCUCACCCGCCCAUGACCCUCGCCGUCGUGCCGACAGCGACAAGGCCCGACCGGCCAGUCGCUACGAAUACACGACCCCCUCAUCAGAUCUAUACUCACCGGGUGUAUCAAGGGGGUCGCAAGGGGUCCGGGGUGAGAAUGCUGGGGCGGCGAUUUCUCCGCCGCGGAACCAACAGCAUGCGCACCAGCAUCGGCGGAAUGCCAGCCUCGAAACGCGGCAGCACGCACAUGCGCAUCGCAGAAAUCACUCUCAACCGCAGGGAGCUCAAUACCGAGAAGGUGCGUAUUUUUACUAG